AGGAUUGCAACAUUCACUUGCUUCCCUCAUCCACUUCUCUCUCUCUCUCUCUCUCUCUCUCUCUCUCUCUCUCUCUGUCUUCCCCAGCAACACUGCACAGCUGCUUUUCUUGAUCAUUUCAACGGUUCAACCUUUAGCUGUUGUCCAUCUGAAUUGCUGAAUUUUGGAGGUGUUUUGGUCUUUGAUAUCAGUUAGCUUUUGGUUUGGAUCGUAUUGUGGAUGCAUGUGAUCAGUAGAUCUGCAUGCUUGCUGGAUUCUAGUGCUAGCUAUCUAGUCUUUUGAUUCUUUACAAGCUGAUUUAAUUCAAGAAAAUUGACAGUUGAGAGAAGAUGAUCAUGAAGGGGAUGAUCUCAAGCCAGGCGGCGGCGGCGCCGCAGCAGCAGCAGCAGCAGUUGGUGGAUGAGAACAUGUCCAACCUCACAUCUGCCUCCGGGGAAGCAAGCGUCUCAUCCAACCAGCAAUCCAACUCCGCUGCCUCCCCCAACCCAAACCCAAACCCAAACCCUACCAAGAAGAAAAGAAACCUCCCCGGAAAUCCAGAUCCAGAAGCUGAGGUGAUCGCGCUGUCGCCGAAGACGCUGAUGGCGACCAACCGGUUUCUGUGCGAGAUCUGCGGCAAGGGAUUCCAGCGCGACCAGAACCUGCAGCUCCACCGCCGGGGCCACAACCUGCCGUGGAAGCUGAAGCAGCGGAACAGCAAGGAACCGGUGCGAAAGAAGGUGUACGUGUGCCCGGAGUCCACCUGCGUCCACAACGACCCCGCCCGCGCCCUCGGCGACCUCACCGGCAUCAAGAAGCACUUCAGCCGCAAGCACGGCGAGAAGAAGUGGAAGUGCGACAAGUGCUCCAAGAAGUACGCCGUCCAGUCCGACUGGAAGGCGCACUCCAAGGUCUGCGGCACCAGAGAAUAUAGAUGCGACUGCGGCACCCUCUUCUCAAGGAGGGAUAGCUUUAUCACGCACAGAGCCUUUUGCGACGCUUUGGCAGAGGAAAGCGCGAGAGCAAUAGCAGCAGUGAAUCAUUUGGCGCCGCCCACUAAUCACCACUCACUUCUCUUCCCAGUCCCACAACCUGUGCCCCUUUAUGAGGAGCAACACUCCUCUGAUCUACUUCCUCAUCACGUCGAUCAAUCUGAUCAUCAUCUUUCGCUCAAAAGGGAGCAGCAGACUGCUCAAAAGGGACCAUGGCUGACUGCCACCUCUCUCAGCCAGUACUUAACAAACCAGCAACAGCAAUUCCCUCCUUCCCCAUUGAUCUUCAGCACUAGAUUGGAGGAGCAGCCAGCUUCUCCGGCACUUGCUCCGCCCUUCCAUGCCACUGCGCACAUGUCUGCCACUGCGCUCUUGCAGAAGGCGGCAGAGAUGGGUGCAACCAUGAGCAGGCCUCACCACCUAGGUCUCAUGGCAGCAGCUGCCACUUCUGGAUUUGGUCAUCAUCACCUUCCUCUCGGGCAAGAAUACAUGGUCAACACGACGACGAACGCUGCUGUCGCCUCCUCCACUCCGUGCCAUCUCGACGAGCGUAGCCUUGAGGCCGCCGGCGAUCACUUUCUGUUUGGGGAAAUGCCGGGAUCAAAGAGAGAACAAGGAAGUCGAGGAAUGAACGAUCAGGAAAGGGUCUGCAAUAUCAUUACGGGUGGAAAUGGCGACGGGAUGGCCACCAGAGACUUCCUAGGAUUGAAGGCGGCGUUUCCCCAUCGCGAUAUCCUUAACUUGACGGAGUUGGAUCCUAAUUGCUUGAGCUCCUCCUCUUCCUCCUAUGAUCAGUACCGACAAAGAAAGAUGAAGCCAUGGCAUGACUGACAUUAAGAUGUGUCAGGACCAUGCAAGCAAAAAAAUGCAUCAAAGACGAGAGAUAUAAUAAAAGGUCAUGCACUUAAAGGACGACACAUGUAACAAAUCCAAAUGUGAGGUGAGUGCUGUAACUUAGUAGUAUAUAUAUAUAUAUAUAUAUAUAUUCCUAGCCUCUUUAAUUUGUACAUUUAAGGACGAAUUAAGUCUACUGCAUGGCAAUCCAUGCAGCUCGUACAAAUCGAGUGGCCAUGUUAAUUUAUAAGUGUAUAUGAACAGCCAUGUACGCGCAUGGAUAAAUUUCUUCGGACAUAUAUUUGAAUAAUUAAUUAAUGAGCCGCUUCACAGUA